UCACCCUGACAAGGCCUCGCCAUAGGGGUCUGAGGGGCAGCUGUGAGGCGACGCAGCUUUCCCGUUCCCGGGCGCUCCUCUGACAGAUCAGCCCAUGGCCACCACCCGAGAGGAUCUGAGCUGGGCGAGCCCAAAUUAAAGGACAAGACUGGGGAGCCAGCGCCACCCCUCUGCAGGCGGGUAGUGGGUGUGUGCGGAAUCCGCUGGCCCGGAAGAGCAGGCUGCCCCGCGCCAGCCGGAAGCUCCCCUUCUCGGGAGGCGGAAGUGGGUUGCUCCCGCGUUGUGCUGCCGGCGAGAUUGGAGCCCGACGGCUCUGCCCUCGUAAAGGACUUUCUGCUGGGGGUAUCCAGGACCACCUGGAGCACGUGAGCAGAAGAAAAAAAACAAUGUCUCAAAAGCAGAUGAAGGAAGCUUUUGUCAGUAAUCUCAAUGGAACCACCAUCCUGGAAGUCACCCAGGUCUUGUGCUUGCCUGCACCCUAUAUCCUGUGCAGAGGGCUGCUGACCAUUCUCUUACAGCACUUCUAUCCUUCUUCAUAUACUUGGAGAACCCAAUUCUUCAUUGACUUUGUUGUUCUGAUAGUUCCCCUGGUGGCCGCUUUCACCAUUUUGUCUUCAUUUCUCCUCCUUGAGCAGCUUACUGUAAUUAUCUUUGGGGCAGGACUGGCCUAUCAAAUAUACCACAGGAGGACUUGCUAUGCCAGAGUGCCUGUGCAGAAAAUCCUUGAAAAUUUCUUGAAAGUCGGUCUAGAAUCAGAAUACAUUCCAGCCAUCUCCUGUUUCCGUAUAAUGAACAAUGUAUUUACUGCUGUUGCCAUUUUGGCUGUGGACUUCCCACUUUUUCCCAGACGAUUUGCCAAAACAGAGCUGUAUGGAACAGGAGUAAUGGAUUUGGGAGUAGGAGGCUUUGUUUUUGGGACUGCAAUGGUUUGUCCAGAGGUUAGGAAAAAAUCCAACAUGGAGAUAUCCAGAUUUUAUCACCUUACAAAGUCAUUGCACUCUGUUUGUCCAUUAGUCUUCUUAGGAAUAGGACGAUUAGUCACUAUAAAAUACAUAGACUAUCAGGAACAUUUAACCGAAUAUGGAGUUCAUUGGAACUUUUUUUUUACCUUAGUAAUUGUGAAAUUACUAACAUCAUUGCUUUUGAUUAUUUUCCCCCUAAAUAAAUCCUGGAUUGUGGCCAUCAGCAUUACUGUAUUAUACCAGCUAGCUCUUGACUUUACCCCACUAAAGAGGUUAAUUUUGUAUGGCACUGAUGGCAGUGGCACAAGGGUCGGUUUACUAAAUGCCAACCGAGAAGGAAUAAUCUCUACUUUGGGAUAUGUGACAAUAUAUAUGGCUGGUGUGCAAACAGGGUCCUAUCUGUUUAAGAGCAGAUCACAUAUCAAAGACUGGAUAAAAGUAAUACGUUGUCUUCUACUGACAGCUGUUAGCCUCUUCUUAUGUCUUUACAUAGUUCAGGCAAAUAUAGAAGCAGUAUCUCGAAGAAUGGCCAAUUUAGCCUUUUGUGUUUGGAUAGUUGCUUCCAGCCUGAUUUUUCUUAGUAGUUUAUUAAUGGGUGAUAUAAUUUUGAGUUUUGCCAAAUUUCUAUUUAAAGGUACUCUAGUACCAUGUUCUUGGAAACUUAUCCAGUCACCUGCUACAACUAAAAAGCAUUCAGAAUCUCUAGUCCCUGAAGCUGAAAGAAAGGGAACCAGUCUUUGUUUAAUCACAGCUAUUAACAGAAACCAGUUAUUUUUUUUCUUGCUGUCAAAUAUAACCACUGGCUUGAUCAACCUAAUGGUAGAUACAUUACACAGCAGUCCCUCAUGGACCUUAUUUGUGCUCUAUUUCUACAUGCUUAUCAACUGUUUAACUCUGUUUGUGCUACAUUUGCAAGAUAAGACUAUAAAAUUUUGGUGAUCAAUAUGGGUAAUAUUUAUCUGUAUUUGGGCAGUAUUUUAAUGGAGAAUAAAUAUUAAAUGUGAAGAAAAUGUGCUUUUGGCAAUCCAAUGUUAACCAUAUUUUAUUAUAAAAUUAAGUUUCAACCCUUCUCUGCGACAUUGGUGGUGAUACUUCCUAUUUUAAUGUAUCUCAGCACUAUAUAUAUCAAACCAAUAGAAGAAACAAAGCCUGUAAUUUGUUAAUUUAUUAAAUUUAGUAUGUCAAACAAACUGUUUAUAAAAUUGCAGCACUGGAAGAUUAGACAGUGGGGAGGAAGAUUUUUAUUUUUCAUCUUAUAAUCACCUUACACCAUUGUUUUUUUUUAUUGUAUUACUUUUAUAAUAAAGUUUAUAUUAAAACAUUUCAGUGCGAAUUGUGGAAUUGUUGAUCCUUUAUUGCUCAAUUUUAAUCUUUUAAUAAAGCCUAAGUAUUUGAAAUUGACUCGACAGCAAUAACAUAAGCAGCAAGUGUUUAAAAUCAAAGUAUACUAUGAAGUCAGAAAACAGUUAAGUGCUCUAAAGAAUAGACUGAAUUGUUGAUACAAUUCACAUAUGUAAUGAUUGAGAGAAUCGAACCUAAUUGGACCUAAUUCAUUUUUUUUAGCUUACUCUGUGCUGGGAAUAUGAUGAUGAGCAAAGCUCAAGCUAUCUGACAUCUUGGAGCUUGCAAUCUAGUGGGGGAAACACACUAGUCAACUGUGAUAAGUCAUGAAAAAGAAGUAUAGAUUGCCAAGAGUUUCAAAUCAAAGACUAAUCUAGUAAAAGGGAGUUGAAAGUUUUCCCCACAGAUGGUACUUAGAGCUGAUGGAUGUGAUGAGGAGUUACAGUGUGUGUGUUGGGGGGCGGGGGGGGUGGGGAGUGCUGACAAGGGAAGGCGUAAACAGAAUAUUCUAGGUAGAUGAAUUCUUCAGCAACAGUCCUGAAUUGGGAGGGAACCUAGCACAUUUUGGAACUGAAAGAAGGCUAGAACUUAGAAAAAGGGAGAGCAUGGGCAAUGAGAU